AAUAAGGUGCUAUGCUUCCUCCACCACCACCACCACCACACCACCAAGUUUCUUUGCUCCGGCGCCGUCACCUUCUUAGUUUUCCGGCGAUGGACCCACCACAAGACGAUACACCUGAACCUGAACAAAACCCAAUCGAACAAUCUAUCUCUCUCCACACCUUCUCUUCCAUGAGGUCCCUACUCAUAAACCCUUCAACCCCAAAACGCACCGUUUCCUCAAUCCUCGAAACCCUAACUCGCUCUCCUCAACUCACUCACCACGCCCUCAAGCUUCUCUCCGACCUCGCCAAUCACCACCCUUCCCUUUCCCAACUCGCCUUCGACUCGCUCCUCCCCGCCACCGAGUCAUCGACUCGCCUCGCCGUCGAGUCCUUCGAGGCUCUCACUUCGGGUUUCGCGGAAGGGCUUGAAAUUGACGAUGGUGUCUUCGUGUCGCUGUGUUUCGGACCCUCCGUGCCGGCGCGGGUUUGGAUGCUGAGGAAUGCGGGUUUGCGGUUUCGGGUCAGACCCGCUUUGUUGUUGGCGGUGUUGUUAGGGUUCACGAAGGACCCUUACCCUUACGUGAGAGAAGCUUCGUUGGAAGGGCUUGUUGGUUUGAGCGAGCGUGGAGAGUUCAAAGACCUUGGCUUGGUGGAAGGGUGUUAUCAACGUGCUGGUCAGCUUCUUCGUGAUAGAGAUGAUUGUGUUAGGUUCUCUGCUGUUCGUGUUGUUGCUUCAUGGGGUCUGAUUUUAGCAGCUUCUAAUGCAGACAUGAAGGCCUAUUGGUCCAAUGAAGUAUUUGCCAAGCUCUGCUCUAUGGCAAGAGAUAUGAGCAUGAAGGUCAGGGUUGAAGCCUUUGUUGGUCUUAGUAAGAUGGAAAUAGUAUCUGAGGAUUUUCUUUUGCAAAGCUUAUCAAAGAGAGUUUUAGGGUUUGGAAAACAAAAGGAAACUUUGGGUCAGAGCACAUCUGAACAAUUUGAUUUGUUGGCAACUAGUGUUGCUGGUGCACUAGUUCAUGGACUUGAGGAUGAGUUCUUUGAGGUGAGGAAGUCUGCAUGCCAGUCCUUACGCACAUUGACAAUCCUCUCCAUUGAGUUUGCUCGUGAAGCCUUAAACAUGUUAAUGGAUAUAUUGAAUGAUGAUUCAGUGGUGGUUCGGUUACAAGCUUUAGAAACCAUGCAUCAUAUGGAAAUUCAUGGCUGUCUGAAGCUUCAAGAAAAGCACUUGCACAUGUUUCUUGGUGUUCUAGUGGACAACAAUAGAGAAGUAAGAUAUGUUGAAAGGAAAAUAGCUAAACAAGUGAAGCUAAAUGAUUUGGCACUGUUCAAAUCAUUUAUUAAUGGACUUAUGGAAAAUUUAGACAGAUAUCCAGAGGAUGAAGCUGAUGUGUUUUCUGCUUUCUCUCAUCUUGGACGAAAUCAUAGGAAAUUUGUUGGCUUGAUUAUUAAAGAAAUUUCUGUAGAGGUAGAAGCAGCUUUUGAAGGAAGCAUAGAAUUUAAUAGUGCAAGGAUAGCUGCACUAUUAAUCCUUUCUAUAUCUGCUCCGCUCUUGAAUGCAGAUAUAGGCAGUAUACCACCAGUAAUGUUUUCUUAUGCAGUUACAUUGCUGGCUAGAAUAUGUUGUGCUUUUAGUGAUGUCAUGGAUAGGGAUGCCCUUUUGGCCUACCUAUGUGAGAAAAGCAGAUCUACAGGGUAUUCUGCUACGAAUAUUAACCUUAGGGAAGGGGAUCGACGUUUGCCUGUACUUGAAGGCGAUGCUCCAAAUUUUGCCAGCAAUGAGGUGAUUGACUCUGAAAUUGAGUCCCAUAGCAGGCGGGUGACAAAAGUGGUAGCCAAUUACCAGGUAGAACAACAGCAAUCAGUGUAUAAUGAAGUUAUAAACUUCACUAAUUAUAUCCUUGCGAAGUUCCCUGAUAUGUGGCCAAUGAUACAGUCAGGUGUUACGAAUGAAGUGCUGAAGUUCUUGAGAUGUUUGAAGGAAGAGUUAACAACUCUGACAUUUGAUUCUUUGGGAUCUGGUGAUGCUAUGGCAUUCACUUUACUGUAUCUCCGGAUAAUAAAGCUACUUGCAAAAGUAUGGGAGCACUUGCUGCCAGCGAAAAGUUUGUGUUCUCGUGGAAUGGGAGAAUUGGAAUCUAAUCUGGGAAAACUUGACAGGAGGGUUAAAGAAUUGAUGAGUAGGUUUAUAGGUUUUUCUGCAGAAGAGGAAUUGAAUGUCUUGGAGCUAAUAUUAGUGACCUGUGCCCUCAGGCUAUGUAAAGUUGAAUUCUGCUCUCUCAAUCCUACAUUCAAGAGGUUGACUGCUAUAUAUUUGCAUGUUGAAUCUCUACUUAAAGAAAGAUCAGCUUUGCCAUCUAAUUUCGUAGUUGAACUUGGGAAAUUAAUACAUUUAAGUAGCACCUACAUCAAAGAAGCUUCAUGCAGUCCAUUUCCUUUUGAUAAAUGUCUCAAGUUGUUCUCCCUGAAGCAGUUUGUGUUCCGUGCAACAAUCAGACAUUUAAAGGCAGAACUAAGCAUUCUCAGCAAUGACUCCGAGCAUCCUCUUCCCUUUGUUUCAGGACUACCUGUUGGUAUACCAUGUGAGAUCACCCUCCAUAAUAUCUCAAGUGAGAAUAGGUUGUGGCUGAUUAUGAAUAUGGAUGAUGGUUUAAUACAAUAUGUCUUUCUAGAUUUGGACAGUUUUGAAGGCUCUGGAGAGGUAAGAAACUUUGCUUUUGUUGCCCCGUUUUACAGAACCCCAAAAGAUAAUUCUCUUACAUUGAAGGUUUGUAUCGGUUUAGAAUGUUUGUUUGAAAAUGUUAGUCCCGUCCAAAGGUUUGGGGGACCAAAACAUGAACUAGUACUUCUUUGUAAAGAAAAACAAGUUUAUCUUUCUCAGGUUAAUAAAAAUUAA